UCUUCAUUAGUUUUCAUUCUCUUUCUUCGAUUACUUCUUCGAAUUCGUUUCUCCAUCUACUCUUCCUGUUUCUCCUCUGCAAUUCUAAAUUUCUUUCAUGGCUCUUCGACCUCUGUUUCUAGCAGAAACUGCAACUCUCAUCGCCUUACUAACACUUGGAUCAACCGAUGCUCUGGGUUCCGCAGGAAGUUCGAAGGCGAUUUCCGGUCUACGGGAUGCGACAGUUAAGGCAUUAGGGCUUCAAGCCAAUGACCUCAAGAUUUCUGGUUUCGAUAUCAGCGACGCCUUGGUUGGGCAUUCUGUAGCUUACGAGUUCGAUAUUGAGAUAGACAAGAAGGUUCUUCCUGUUAAACUGCUCGAGGACGUUAAUCGAUGGGAAUACGUGGAUUUGCCCAUCUUUCGUACCGAAGAUCCUUCGGUAUCAGGUCAUGACCAUAGCAGCUUGGUCGAGCGGAAACCGGACGAUCGUGUGUCUCCGGUUUUACCUCCCUUUCAGCUGGCCGGACCUAUGGAAAUCUGGAUUCAGGACGCCAAAGAUAUGAGGCUUUCCUUGCCGCAUGAUGUCGAUGCCGGCGUGUUGAAGAAGGUGGUCUUAGCAGAUGGUGCAGUGGUGUCGGUUAAGGGCGCCAGAUCCGUAAGCUUGCGGCACCCUCUCGACCUCCCACUUCCCCUGAACCAAUCUCAGGGGAGUUUCGCGUCUGCUCUGCUAACCCUAGCAGAUCGUCUCCGCCACAGCUCACGCACGCAGAAGGAACAGCCCCUGUCACUCCGCAUAGUCGGGCCGACAUCCCUCACUUCUUCGCCCUUUUCUUCUGAUAGCAAGUUGAAGCUCAAGCGUCUGGCCCCGGGCCUAGUGGAGCUAUCCUCACAGUCCAGAACUAAGGGAAUUCAAGCCGUCUCCACCGUCGAUGGAGAAGAGGCAGGCGAGCCAACAAUACUCCUGACACCCGAUCGAUUCAACACAAUGUGGCCUGUCACGUCCAUCAAUGGAUCAAAUCCCAACCUGCAAGGAUUUGAGGCGCUGCUUCUCUCUGUCCUGGGUGACAAAGCUAACAAGGAAGGAUCGUUCAGGUUGUUGAAGGCGGAUGUUUCAGCCCAGACUUUUGUUAAGUUGAGCUUUGGGUUAGAGAAGGCACUAAAGGAAGGUGGAGAAGAAAUUAAUUGGGAAGCUUUCCCUGAAUGGCGGACUAGGCCGGAGUCAGUGAAGAUGCAGUUUGAGGUGUUGGCUAAGGUAGAUGGGGAGAAGGUUGUGCCCGAGAAGGUGGUGCCUGUUAAACCCAUUGAAUUCCAAGAUUCCACAGCUACUCACGUGCUUACAGGGAACGUCACCAUGUCCAAGGUUCCUGUCUUUCAUGCUCCUUCUGAUCCCUUCACCUUAUGAUUUGAGGUUCAGAGAAGUGUAAAGAUAAGUCAAACAUUCUUUCCCUAAUCUUUUGGUGGCGCAAUUGCCAGCUUCUUAUUACGAAUUUAUCGAUGUAUAGUUAGACAGAGAGAAGUUCUAUCCAAUACAAUUGUAGAUUAGAGAAGGUCAUUAUGUUGUGCUAUGGGGAAUUUAUAGAAAUCCUACCCAAUUUUCACUUACAAUAUGUAUUUAUUCCUGUGUAAACCAUCCUUCAUUUUGUAUUAUGGUUAUUACCUCAGUUCUUAUACCAACAAUGACUAGUUUCAAACAA